UGUAUAACAUUAAACACACAUGGAACCAAUCACUAUGUAAAUCACUCGGUAAAUUAAUAUAAAGUAACGGACUUAACGCACGAUAUGGUUUCAAGGUUAUUCUGCAGCAUUGUCUUGUCUAAUUUUUCAAAUGAUGAGGAUGCCAGAUAAUCAUAAUGAUCAACGCAGGGUUUGAAAUCCGCUAUGAAGAAAUCACGGCUUUUCUGCGCCAUGAUAUUUUUUUCCGUCCGUUGGGGGCGCUAGCCGGCUUUGCUUUAGAAAAUUGGCUCAGAAAAAAAGAGCAUUUUUAAGACCUAACAAUUUCCUGAUUGAAAACUUUGGAACCACACCUCGGGACUCUGAGGGGGAGCUCCGGCACGCCGGUUGUACACGUAACCGUCAGCAAAGAAUCGUAAUUAUAAUUAGGAAUAAAAGCCGGCAUCUCCGCGCGGCUGGGAGCGGCGCGCGCCGGUCGGUGGCACGCGUUAACCGCGAGGGCGCGGAGCUUGUUACAGUGUUACAGCCCCUCACUGAGUCAUCGCUAACUAAGUAACUAAUAGCUUUCUCAUGGGAUCACAUUUUCUACGACGGCCGAGAAAGUAGGGCGCCGCGACGGACUACUCGGACGAGGAUCAACGGUCUGACCUGAGGUAUCCGGUUACGCCCACGCCAGCUUUGGACCUCUGAGGUGACAGCAGCUGCCACUCACAGGGACGGGGGGGUUUUUGGCUCAGGGGAGUGACCGAGCAGUCGAGGGACGGCCCUGGAUGCACCGGGACUGAGGCAGCACGCCGUCCGCCAUAUCAUCGUCAUCCCAUAGGGCGGCAGCAGGGAGCCGCAAGCCCCCGGUGGAGGAGGCUGGACAUGAGCGAGUUUUGGCACAAGAUGGGCUGCUGUGUGGUGGCCAAGCCCCCUCCGAAAAAGAGGAGGAGGAAGAUCGACCGCAGCAUGAUUGGGGAGCCAAUGAACUUUGUACACCUGACGCACAUCGGCUCUGGGGAGAUGACAGAAGGACUGGCCCCGUCUGGCCCUAUUCAGGAGCAGAUGAGGUCAAAGGGACGCAGUGCCAAUGGGCGGGGUGGCUUCCUAUAGCCUCUAAGCCCCCUCCAGCUUUACAGGAGAAGUUGCCGAUUGCAGAUGAUUUCUCUGACCCUGCCUGCCCACAGUCGUGCUGGGAUCCAACCCAGCACUUAGCAACCUGGAAGAUCCCGGCUCCCAUCCACUCUGCUGUGAUUCAGUUUGCUAGAUGUCCCAAAAAUAGUGGACCUCAGACAUGGCAUUAAGCCUCUUACACCUAUAUUUUUAGAGGAUGACUUUUUUUUUUUUUUUUUUUUAAGUAUUGUGUAAAAUGUUUUCUAUAGUAGUUCACAACUGAGUGUGCGUGUUAUGAUUGAGAUACACGGUCAGAGUUUCUGAUUUUAAAGCCUUGUUUGGGGUGUAGACAGUGUGACAGGUUGAGUAUUCUCCCCUCUAGCAAAUGGAUAGAUGGCUGUUUGCGAUGUGCAAUCUUACCCGAGUGAGUGUGUGUGUUUGUAUGUAACAUGUUUCAGCACAUUUCUUUUUAUUGCCACCUUAAAAUUUGUGGCUCCAGUGCAGAUUUUCUGCCUUAGUGUUGUGUCUGGUGGCUCUCAAUUUUAGCUCUUUUUAAACCUGUUCAGCUUUGCAAAUUUUGAAAGUGUGGAUUUUCAGAAUACUGUAGAAUUAGAUCAUUGGUCGUUGGUUGUCACAAUGAUGACACAACCCAAAGUGUUAUUGCCAAGGAGUCUUUUAUGUACAGUUUAGCGUUCAUGGCCACGCAUCAUCACUGCUGACUCUGAAGGCACGCUGGCACUCCUUCCUGUCCGCUGGUGCUCACCUGAAAGCACAUGGAUGCUUAAACCAUCGGGCACCUGAGCUGCCUGUUCGAAUGAAAACCUGCCCCCUGCUUCUUCCGGGCAGGUUUGAUGAAAGACUGCUCAGCUCAGAGCCUUAACGAGGCCGUCUGGGAUUUCACCUUGGAGCAACAUCCGGAUCUAGUGUAAAAACGUGCCGCCCUUAAGCACUCAAUCUGCAUUCCACCAUCAGGGUCUUACACCCUCUCUAGUGGCCAAACCUGGGACUGGACUCCUGUCGCCUACACUACCCCCGGACCAAACGAACACCCUGGAAAUGGAGUCUGGUAGCACAGCGGUCUGUGUUGUGGGCGUUUUGGUGUCGGGCUGACCCAGUUCUAUACCAAACCCUGCAGUGGAGCUGAGAUUAAAUGUGACUUUCACAUUUCCUGGAAAGGACUGAACUUUAUGGUUACUCAUCGUAUUAGGGAUUCAGCUUAGAUUUUUUUCUUUUUUUUGACUGAAGAUUUUAAAUGUACUGCAGCCAAACAUCGUUUGCGGUUUGCUUCUUUCGUGUUUUCUCCCUCCCCUCUAUAGCCGAGUGCUUAUUUUAUUCCUUUUAUUUACAUCUGUAGUCCACUUCUGCCCCCCGCUCCCACUGUGAAACAGGCCGUCUCCCAGUGCAACGGUGGUUCAUUUUGUCAGUUAUUGCCCGAUACUGGUCCAUUCUGUGAAGGGGGGGCGGGUUUAUCAGGCCCGUUAAUGUUCGUUAUGAUAAAAGCAAAAGCACAUUAAUCCCUCAGUCCAUGAUUUUGCUCUGGAUGCUCCCUCAUGGGGGUUAUAUAGUUUAUUUGAAAUGACACUGUGCUCAUUUUUAUUUAAAAAGGGGUGGUUUAAGGGGGUGUCAGUGUUUAUGUGGGGGUGGGAAAGGCUCACUGAGGAGUGCAAGUGUGAUUUUUUUUUUUUUUUUUUUUUUUAAACGUAUACCGGAAGCUUCAGUAGUGUUUUGUGGAAGUCACGCAGCCAGCUCCUGGGGUGGGACAUGGGCAGUGCACUUCCUAUCAGCUGUGCGUGUGCGGAACAGACCUAAACGCAGGUGCUGACUGGCCAGAAGCCUGUCUGUUAGUGAUGUAUGUACAAUUUCACCCAUAUACCAUCCCAUGUGCAAUGUACACUGCCUUAGCCAACUUAAAGUGUCAUUAAAAUUUAUAUUUCCUAAUUUUUUUUUA